ACCUGGCUCCUAGCUCCGGCAGUGGCUGCGGCGGCAAGAACCACCUCCGCCACAUCCAUUCCCUUGCCCCUGGAUUUGGAAUCCUCUUUUCUGCCUGCCCCCUCUUUCCUCUCUAGGGCCAGUUAUCCACUGGCAAAGCUGCUUUCUCCAGCCAAACUCGCCAGGGUUUGACUGCUCCGAGGUGUAAAGUGUUGUGUGUUUGCCCUAGCCCCUCACAGUCUUUUGCUCCUUCUCCCUGUCCCUCGCUCCAUGCGCCAGAGGAGCAUGUCUGGGAACUUUCUGCUCGCCCCCAUUCCGGAGUCUUCCUCUGACUACGUGCUCCACAAGGACAUUAAGCUGGCAGUGCUGGGUUCAGGCAACGUGGGCAAGAGCGCAAUGAUUGUGCGCUUCCUGACCAAGAGGUUUAUUGGAGAUUAUGAACCCAAUACAGGCAAACUAUACUCAAGGAUUGUUCACGUAGAAGGAGAUCAACUGUCCUUACAGAUCCAAGAUACUCCGGGAUGCAUUCAGGUUCAAGAUGACUUUGUCCAGGUAUUGGAUUCUCUCUCUAGAUGUGUACAGUGGGCAGAGGGUUUUCUGCUGGUGUAUUCCAUCACAGACUACAGCAGCUACCAGUCAAUUCGACCACUUUACCAGCACAUCCGAAGGCUCCAUCCCAACUCCAAGACUCCCAUCAUCAUUGUGGGGAACAAAGGGGAUCUUCUCCAUGCCCGACAGGUGCAGACUAAUGAUGGCAUCCAGCUGGCUAAUGAGCUGGGCAGUGUGUUUCUUGAAAUUUCAACUAGUGAAAACUAUGAAGAUGUCUGUGAUGUUUUUCAGCAUCUCUGCAAAGAGGUUAGCAAACUGCACAGCCUUAGUGGGGAAAAGAGAAGAUCAUCUCUCAUUCCCCGGCCUAAAUCUCCCAACAUGCAGGACCUCAAGAGACGCUUCAAGCAGGCUCUUUCUUCCAAAGUAAAAUCAUCCCCUUCAAUGGGAUAAAUCCAUGGUUCAACAGACUCUGAUCUCCUUAUUAUACAUCUGUGCAGCUAAAUAGACUGGUUUCCCUCUUUUUAAUUGCUCAUUCAGAGUUUAUUUUUGUAUAGGUAUUAAUUUUCAUGUGUGUGUCUCUUAAAGAAAAUAUUUACCCUCAGCUUUGAGGGAAUUUUUGUAUAUGAAUUUGUACCAAAACUGCUGGUAACUUUUCCAUUAAAGGUAAAAUGAUAACAUGGUUUCC